AUGUUGGAACGCAUACUUUCGAGCACGGCUUUGUUGAAUCCCGUCCGGUUUUUCGUUGUUGUUGUCAAAAAUACAACGCUGUCAUUCACAGGAAAUUACUAUUUCUUCUUCAAAAACAGUGUUUUUGCGACAGCAGCGGUCCAGUCAGCCCCGUGGGAGAACAUCUGCGUUAAGCCCGUGUUUCCGUUGAACGUACACUUUCGACCACGAGCUGUUGAAGUGGUGAUUGAAGAUUUUUGA